AUGGGAUUUCCCAAGAUCGCUCUCAGCGGCAGUGCUCAAAGACCAGCGGCCACCACUGAUGUGGACAACCCAAUUCCUAUUGUCCCAAUCAGAUCGGAUAAUAAAGAUGUUAUCACAAAUACUCCUGCAGCCGCUGCGGCCGAUGCAGCCUCAGUGUCGAGCGACAAUAAGCCAUACCCGGACGAGGGCCUUCAGAAGGGUAUCAAGGACGUCCAGGCCGUGACAUUGACAUGGUCGAAGAAAUCCCUUGUUGCUGUCUUUGUUCUGAUUUGGCUUCUCUAUAUGACCAACGGAUUUCAGUCUUCGGUCUUGUACGUUCUGACGCCGUUCGCAACGAGUUCAUUCCAAUCGCAUUCGCUCUUGACUGUCAUCAACAUUGUGGCUAGCUCGAUGACUGCUGCAGUUUACAUCCCGCUUGCUAAGAUGUUGGACCUCUGGGGUCGUGCCGAAGGAUUCCUUGUCAUGGUGUGUUUUGCAACAUUGGGCUUGAUAAUUCUGGCUGUUUCAGAGAACCUCGCCACGUACUGUGCAGCUCAGAUAUUCUACUCAGUUGGUUUUUCGGGGCUCAUCUAUUCCGUUGAUGUGAUCACUGCCGAUUCGACAAAUUUGCGCAAUCGAGGUUUGGCUUACGCCUUUACCUCUUCUCCCUACAUGAUCACUGUCUUCGCAGGGUCAAAGGCAGCCGAAGGAUUCCAGGCUAACGUGAAUUGGCGAUGGGGAAUUGGUUGCUUUGCGAUCAUUCUGCCCGUUGUUGCGGCACCUCUGUUCUUUGUCCUCAAGCAUAACUUAAAGAAAGCCGAAAAGCGAGGUCUAGUCAUCAGAGAAAGCAGCGGACGAAGCCUACCGGCCAAGCUUUGGUGGGGCAUUAAGGAGUUCGAUCUUCUUGGGGUAAUCCUUUUCGCCUCCGGCUUGGUAGUAUUCUUACUCCCAUUUACGCUGGCCGACUCGGCGCCUAAUGGCUGGUCCACUGGAUAUAUCAUUGCCAUGAUCGUGGUCGGAUUUGUCGUUUUGGUAUUUUUUGGGCUUUACGAAGCCUACAUUGCACCAGUACCAUUCCUCAGCAUCAACUUCCUCCUAGAUCGUACUGUCAUCGGUGCUUGUCUGUUGGAUAUGACAUAUAUGAUCGGAAAUUACUGCUGGAGCAGCUACUUCUCAUCCUUUUUGAUGGUGGUCAACAACCUGCCACCAGCUGAGGCCGGAUACGUGGGCAAUAGUUUCGACGUGGUUUCCGGCUUCCUCUUAUUCAUUGUGGGAUAUUCUAUACGCAGGACGGGUCGGUUUAAGUGGCUUCUGUAUAUUGCGAUGCCGCUCUAUGUCCUGGCACAGGGUUUGCUGAUCUAUUUCCGUCGUCCGAACGGUUACAUUGGCUACAUUGUCAUGUGCCAAAUAUUCCUUUCUGUUGGCGGUAGUAUCUUUAUUAUUUGCAUGCAAGUCGCAAUACUGGCAGCAGUCGACCACCAGCACGUUGCUGCAGCACUUGCUCUCCUCUCUGUUGUAGGAAACGUUGGUGUCGCACUAGGUAGCACCAUCUCUGGUGCCAUUUGGACCAAUACUUUUGGCAAAGCGCUGGAAAGGUAUCUUCCCGAGACCGCGUUAGAGAGUCUUCCAGAUAUCUUUGCAGACGUGGAAGUUCAGUUGAGCUACGAAAUCGGGUCGCCAGAGCGCAUCGCGAUCCAAGAAGCUUACGGGUAUGCCGCCACAAGGAUGUUGGCGACUGGAACAGGCAUCAUGGCCUUGGGAUUCAUCUGGAUUCUUCUGUUCCGCAACCUCAACGUCAAGAAGAUGACACAAACAAAGGGCAACGUUUUCUAA